AUGUUCGGAAGCGGGAAGUCACCGGCCACCAAUCCCAAAGAGCAGAGGAGGAAAGUGGCCGAGAAGACGGUGGAUCCCAGCAGGAGGCUCGAGAUGCAGGACAAUGAGGACAUCCGGUUGAUGAUGCAAGGUUCCAACAUGGUAAAGGUUCGCUCCUCAAGGUGGCAGAAGAGCAGAAACCUGCGGCUGUUGGAGGACGGCCUCACUGUGUGGUGUGAAUCUACAAAGAGCUCCCGCAAAGCCAAAGCCCAGCAGACUUUCGCAGUGACAGAAGUGGAAUGUGUGCGUGAAGGCUGCCAGUCCGAGGCACUGAGGCGUCUCUCAGGGUCGGUGCCGGAGAACCAGUGCUUCACAGUGAUCUUUAGAGGCGCCAGGAAGAGCCUGGACCUGCUGUGCCCCUGUGAGGAGGAAGCUCAGCGCUGGGUGCGAGGGCUCCGCACUUUAAAGGAGCAUGUGGCCAACAUGAGUCAAAACGAAAAACUGGACCAUUGGAUCCGAGGCUACCUGAAACGAGCAGACCAGAACCAGGACGGCAAGAUGAGCUACGACGAGGUCAAGCGCCUGCUCCAAAUGAUUAACAUUGACCUGAGCGAGCAGUACGCCUACUGUUUAUUCAAGAGGUGUGACCGAUCAGGUGAUGGUCGUCUGGAUCAUAUAGAGAUUGAAGAGUUCUGCAGAGAGCUGCUGCGGCGGCCAGAGCUCGACUCCGUGUUCAGACACUAUUCAAGCAAUGGCUGUGUUCUCGCCACUGCUGAGCUGCGAGACUUCCUGGGAGACCAAGGAGAAGACGCCUCACUGAAUCAUGCUCAGAGCCUCAUCCUCACCUAUGAGCUCAAUGACUGGGCUCAGAAGCACCAGUUAAUGACCCAGAAUGGCUUCACUAUGUACAUGCUGUCCCGGGAGAAUGAUGUGGUUAACCCUGACCAUGCCAGAGUCUACCAGGACAUGAGCCGCCCUUUGGCGCAUUACUUCAUCUCCUCGUCCCACAACACUUACCUCACCAAGGACCAAGUUACUAGUGCCAGCAGCACUGAGCCAUACAUCAGGGCUCUGAAUCAGGGCUGUCGUUGUGUAGAGCUGGACUGCUGGGAUGGAGAUAAAGGCGAACCUGUCAUCUACCAUGGCCACACUCUCACCUCCAAAGUGCCUUUCAAGGAGGUUAUUGAAACUAUCAACCAGUAUGCCUUUAAGGCGUCCCCAUACCCUCUAAUCCUGUCCUUGGAGAACCACUGUUCUGUGGAGCAGCAGGCCGUCAUGGCCAAACACCUCCGCACCAUCCUUGGUAGAAAACUGCUCACCAAGCCCCUCAGUGACCAGCCUCAAAAGGAUCUGCCUUCUCCUGAGGAGCUUAAGGGGCGUAUUCUGGUGAAAGGGAAGAAGCAUACUCCUCACCUAGGCCAGCUGGGUAAGAAUGGGAGCUGUGCCAGCUUCUCCUCGAGCUCUGAGGACGAACUAGCAGGCAGCAGUAAGAGCACGCCCAAGAAGGAUCCUGCAAAGGUCUGUGCUAAACUGAGCCCCGAGCUGUCAGAUCUGGUGGUGUACUGCCGGAGCGUUCCCUUUUGUGGACUUGAAAACAUAACUGAAAAACCUCCAAAUGAAAUGUCCUCCUUCUCUGAGAAUGAUGCCCUGAAGCUGAUCAAAGACUCGGGAAAGCUUUUUGUGCGACACAACAGCAGGCAGCUGAGCCGGAUCUACCCCUCCGGCCAGCGCCUGCAAUCAUCCAACUAUGAUCCUCAGGAAAUGUGGAAUGGUGGCUGCCAGAUGGUGGCUCUGAACUUCCAGACCCCUGGGGAGCAGAUGGACCUGAACCAGGGACGUUUCCUGCCCAACGGUCGUUGUGGAUACAUUCUUAAACCCGGCUUUCUGUGCAGCCCAACGUCAAACUUUAACCCGGAGAUUACAGGAGGAGGCCCAGGUCACAUCCCCACCCAGCUGACCAUACGAAUAAUAUCCGCACAGCAGCUGCCAAAAAUCAACACAGAGAAGGCGAGCUCCAUUGUUGACCCACAAGUGUGGGUGGAAAUUCAUGGUGUGGACAUUGAUAAUGCAAGGAACAAAACCCAGCGCAUUGACAACAACGGUUUUAACCCAAGAUGGGACUGCACCCUGAGCUUUCAGCUGCAGGUCCCUGAACUGGCCUUGGUUCGGUUUGUAGUGGAGGAUCACGAUCACACUGCCAAAAAUGACUUUGUGGGGCAGUUCACUGUGCCUCUCACAAGCCUACGAACAGGUUAUCGACAUGUUCAUUUAUUGAAGGCAGACGGUUCCAGUCUGUCCCCUGCCACACUCUUCAUCCAUGUCAAAGUGAGCCGCAAAGGAGCCCCCAUUAAAAGUGUGUCUGAACGGAUGGCCAUGGCCAAAGGCAAGGCAUGACCAGCAUCUGAACAUGAAGGAAAGCUGCAUUGUCACAGACAGAGUUUUGGAAAAUGGAGCUCUAAGUGUUGUAGGGGAGAGAAAGCAGCUGCUGCUGCUGCUGCUGCCAGACCUUGAGUGGUACAAUUUACACUGAUCCACUUCCCAAAGCAGACAGAAAGAUGUCAUUUAUCAGAGAAGAAGAAGCGCACAGCCUCUUAGCAAAUGAAAUGCCUCAGGCCCAGUAAUGAAUCCAGAAUACACUGUUGGAGUGUCUGGUCCUGUCAGUACUGAGUGCUCUGAAGACAGGGGACUGAGGAUAGUGGUUUAUAAGAACACUUUUUAUGGAAAUGUGUUACAAAAUUCAAUGAAUGCUAUUUACACUUGAGUAUAAAUGAAUAGAUUAACUCUUAAUCGGUCAGAAAAAGAGAUGUUUAAUGUCAUCUUUUUUGUUUUGAAAAGUAUUGUAGUAUUUUUACACUCAAUUGUUAGCUUUAACAUAUAAGAUUUAUGAUAUAUAUGUGAAAUGUUUUUUACAAGAAGCUGCACUUACUUAAUAGACAGUCAAAAGUGCUAAUAGUAGAAAUUGAAGCAUGACUGCCUGUAAUUAAAAAAAGAUUUAUAUCAUGCUAGAAAUUAUUAUUUCAGCACUAACUUUGGUGUCGUAAAGAUGUCAUGUUCAAUGAUUAUCACAGGAAGUUGUGUCCUUCAACAAAAUGAAGGUGGUUAGUAUUACUUGAUUCUCCUGACUCCUCAUGAUGAUGAUUUUUUUUGGGGCUUUUUAUGCCUUUAAUGGAGAGAUAGGACAGUGGAUAGAGUCGGAAAUCAUGGAGAGAGAGUGGGGAACGACAUGCGGGAUAGAGGCCACAGAUGGGAUGUGAACCCGGGCCGCCCGCUUGAGACGACAGUAAUAUACAGUAUUGCCAGAAUAAACUUGAAAUAUAAACAGUGUUAACUUUGAUAAACGUUUACUAAUGAUAAAUUGUUCAAUCAUGUCACACAUUAGAAAAUGUGUUCAGUAAAAUUGUGUUUGACAUUUUAGAUGUUUGCUUGUAGCCUCUUUUUGUUGACAACCUGAUACAACUAUUUUGUUGCCAAUUUCUAAACCUUUAAUUCUGACAGAGAAAAUAGUGGUUUAACACUUAGUGCACUAAUGCUGCUACCUAUCCAUGUAGAAUUUAAUAUCCAUAUAUCACUCGUAUAAGGAGGUUCCCUGACUUUAAAUUGAUGCAUUAAUGAAAGGAGAUGCACAUGAAUUACUGUAAUUACAGUUUUAAUAUACUAUCAGAAUAGGUUUCAGUAGCAUGUUACAUGUGUUGAGUCUUAAAGGUUAACAGAAAUGUUGUGUGAUUGGUGGUCAGUAUUUUAUGUACAAGAGAAAACACUGUUUUCAUAAAAGCAUUAACAACA